CCCAAUUCUUUUGUAUUCGAUUUUGAAUCUUGUUUAACUGACUUUUGAUUAAGUUAUGCUAUAAUAAUAUUGACAUGUCCCACUUUACUAAUUUUUAGAUUUUUCCAAAGCAUUGUAAUGUUUGGUAAGACUUAUAUUGCUAUUUUUUUUCUUUAACAAAGAUGAACAAUAUUUUUUGGAUCGUUCUGUGAUAAGAGAGAUUGGGAUCGUUUAAUGAUAGAAAGAGAUGCAGUGCCAAUCCGAUUUUCCAAAAGAAUUCAUAGAAAGUCCAGCCUUUCAUCAAUUAAAGUGUCUUCAAAAAAGAAUGUAAGAAGACCAGCAGUUAAAAAAAGAACACAUGGUAUUAAUUCUUCUUUACUUAAAGCAACUGAAAAAACUAAAGUAAGCAGGAAAAGUAAAUUUAAGCAAACUUCAAAUCCAGAAAGCAUCCAGCAAGAAUCCAGAAAGAAAGUAGAUAAAACAUGUAAACAAAAAAGAACAACAAAGACUUUUUUAAAUGUUUCCCAAAUUAGUUUACCAAUUAAUGAAGUGUCUUCACAGAAUCAUUUUCUUGAAUCAUCUGAUGAAAAGAAAAACUGCAAGAAACUUGUUGGUAAAAUAACAUCUGAUCGACAAAACUUAAGAGUGUUGAAAUUAUUUAAAUCAUCUAAAGAAAAAGGGAGAAGUAAAGAAUUAAGUCACUGUGAUAUAAAAUCAUCAAAAGAAAGAAAACAUAGUCAGAAGAAAAGUGUAAUUCGAGUAACUAACUCAAGUUCAAAAUCAGUUCUUACUCAAAAUCCUGAAAAUUUUACAUACAUAUCCAAACAUUCUGAUAGAAAAAAAUCUGCAAGAUUGAAGUGUUCAGAAAUAAAAAAAUCUGCGGGAUUAUCACAAGAACCCAUACCCACAAUGGUAUCUAAAUCGGUUACUGUAACUCCAGUUAUUAAAAAAGUUCCUUGCACAUCUAGACAUUCUGAAAAUCGAAAAUCUGCAAGGUUAUCAAAGGAAUCAAAUAAAUUGAGGAUAGCAGAUUCAAAGAUCUCUCCGUGUACACAUUCAUUUCAAUCCAUCCUUGAGACUCCUCACCCAGAAAAACAUUCAGGAAGAAGAAAGUCUUCAAGAUUAUUAGAACCAAGCCCAUUAAAUAAAGAAUUAUCUUUUUCUACACGUGCUUCUUUAUCUAGAAUGAAUUCAAAUUCUACAAUAAAAAAAAUUUCCAAAUCAAGCAAAAGUGCUGAACUAUUAUCAUAUAAGAAUUGUAGCAGAAAGCGAGGUAGGCCUGAAGUAUCUAAUGAGGAGAUUCCUACCAUUUCACAUGAGAAGUUGAAGCCAAAACGAAGGCGUCAAGUUAGCCAACAUCGAAAAAUUUCAGGAAAUCUGAAAAAGCCUUUAUCAAACGAAACUGAGAAUUUACCUCUUGAUGUCCUUGCAACACCUGCUUUUAAGCCCAUACGUAUAAAAACCUUAUCAAAGGUAUGUAAUGAGGACAUUCCUGCCAAUUCACACGAGAAGUUAAAGCCAAAACGAAGACGGCAAGUUAGCCAACAUAAAAAAAAUUCAGAAAAUCUAAAAAAACCAUUGUCAAACGAAACUGAGAAUUUACCACUUGAUAUCCUUGCAACACCUGCUUUUAAGCCUUUACGUAUAAGAAAUUUAUCAAAGAAUUAUUCAUCAAAAUCAAAUCCAGAGUCUUCAAAAACUCCUUUUGAUAUCCUUACCACUUCUGCUUUUAAAUCUUCAAGAACUUUAUCAAAAUCAUAUCCAAAGUCUUCAAAAGCAAACUCGAAAGUUUCAUCUUCCAAAAUUCAUAUUAUAAGUGAAGAUUUGCAAGAUACUAGGAAAAAAAAAUCGGCAGGUGAUAAUGUUUGUGUGGAUAAUUCCGCCAGCUCUUCAAAGUACAGAAGCAUGCAGAAAAGUAUGUGCCCAGUCAAAACUGAUGUAACAAAACUGAAAAAUAGUCAAAAUAGUGAUGGUUCUCUUAUGCCUGGACUGACAAUUCAAAACAAUGUUGAUAAUUUCUGUAUAAAAAAGUCUAAAAAAUCUAUUGGAAAAAAAGUGCGAAAAAAGUUAGUCGAAAUGUAUUUUACUGAAACAAAAAAUAACAUUGAAGUGAAUUUAAGUAGUAGUCUUCCAAUUAAGGAGGAUUGUUUAACUGACAAUUUAUAUGGAACAAAACACAGAAGAGCAAAAUCUGUACCUUCUGCUUAUCGAGAACAGAGAUCGAUAAAAACUCUUGCACCAGUUUGGUUUACCCAAAACACUGGGUCAAAUUUAAGCGUUUCAACAGUGCAAGACAUUUCUCAACUACCUAUUGAUAAUUUGACAUAUGAUGAAAAUGCUUCAUGUUCUCAAAAUGAUGAUGAAAGACGAGUCAUAAACAUUUUGUCACCUUUCACAGACAAAAAGAAAAUUAUUUCAUGGUCACUUGGACAUGAACUAUGUAGCAAAAUAUCUGCAAAAGAUGGUCUCAAAGAUAUACCUGGUAAAGGGACUCUAAAGCGUAAAAGAUGGCUGCUCAAUAAUUUGAAAGAAAAGAAUGAAUGUUAUGAAGAUGACUUAUAUGAGAAUCACAGCUUCAAUCAUAACAAGUCUUUUCAUUUUGGUGAUGAAUCGGAUGGUAGCUCAUCAGUAAACAUUGCAACUCCAAAGUUCGAAUGCAUUUUGACUCCUGCCCUACCAAAAAAGACUCCUCGCUUUAAGGAUUGCAUUAGUCCAACAGAAUUGUUGCAGGCCAGGAAAACUGCUGAAGAAUAUCUGUACAGGCGAAACAAGAAGAGGAAAAGUGGAGAUGGGCCAUCUUCCUCUGGAAAGAAAACUGAUAUGAACAAAAAGAAAACAGUUCAGGACAUCCCUGAAAAAAAGAAAUUGGAUUUUGAGGAAGCUGUGAAUAAGCUUAUUGAAGUGCAAAAGAAUCUAGAAAGUAACGCAGAAGUUAAUGAUGAAGAGGAAGAUUCUUAUUUCAGUGAUGCAUCAAACUGACAUUGUUGAACAUAUUCAUUUUUCUAAAACUUUCAUACAAUUUGUUUCAUUAUUACUGUAUUAAGAUAAUUUCAUUAUUCAACAGCCCCAUAUAAGUAAUAAGUAAAACUGUUAAUAAAUUCUGCUUUAUGUUUUGAAA